UUAUUAUUAUCAUUGUCGUUUUCUCCAGCUCACCUACAAAAAAUUUCAACUUUGUCUCUCUCUCUCUAUAUAUUCAGAUCUCCGUUCAUCCACCGUCGUAUCGGCAAAUCAUGUCGUACGCAUAUCUCUUCAAGUAUAUUAUCAUCGGCGAUACUGGAGUUGGAAAGUCAUGUCUACUUUUGCAAUUUACGGACAAACGGUUUCAACCAGUCCAUGACCUGACCAUCGGGGUUGAAUUUGGGGCUCGAAUGAUCACAAUCAACAACAAACCAAUAAAACUACAGAUCUGGGACACGGCUGGUCAAGAAUCAUUCAGAUCCAUCACAAGGUCAUAUUACAGAGGGGCUGCGGGCGCAUUACUUGUUUAUGAUAUUACAAGGAGGGAAACAUUUAAUCACCUUGCUAGUUGGUUAGAAGAUGCAAGACAGCAUGCAAAUGCAAACAUGACCAUAAUGCUGAUUGGGAACAAGUGUGAUCUGGCUCAUAGAAGGGCUGUAAGCACAGAAGAAGGUGAGCAGUUUGCCAAAGAAAACGGAUUGAUAUUUAUGGAGGCCUCAGCUAAAACAGCUCAGAAUGUUGAAGAGGCUUUCAUCAAAACAGCCUCAACAAUCUAUAAGAAAAUACAGGAUGGAGUGUUUGAUGUAUCGAAUGAGUCCUAUGGAAUAAAAGUUGGAUAUGGUGGCAUUCCUGGAACAUCAGGUGGAAGAGAUGGAGCUGCUUCUCAAGGAGGGGGUUGUUGCACUUAAAAUUUGAAAAUCAUUCUUCAAACUUGAUCAUGUUCUCAUCAUCUCUAUGCCAGCCGUCAUCACGGGUCUUUCCUUCUUAUCUUUCAGAGGUCUCUUUGAUUUGUUUUAAUGAUGUUAUCUGUGCAAAAAUAAGCCAAAUUCAGUAAAUAGUGGACAGUCCAUCUUUGUGUGCCCCCAUGUAUAAAAGUUGACAUUACAAAAUGUGAAUAGAAUUCCUUAUAUCUUG